AAUUGUUCGUUUAGUUUUAUUUUAAUAUUUAGUUCUAUUUAUUUUUCACAAGCGGCUUUAAGGCGAUGUUACGCUUGUCGAUCUCGUGGUGAUCUUGGUAGUUGUAAAGAUCCAUUUACAUUGAACAGUACGUUAGUGGCAGAUGAAAAAGGUGUUGAAGCUCAACCAUGCGCAUCAGGAUGGUGUGGUAAAAUAAUCGAAGGAGAAUCAGCUUUCAAAGAAGAAUAUGGUACAGCCACUCAACGUAUGUGUUUACAACGAGGACCUUCUGAUAGCGAAGAGAGGUGUGCAAACACUGUAUGGAAUUAUAAAAAAGUUUAUAUGUGUUUUUGUUUAGGUGAUUUGUGUAAUUCAGCUGUUAAAAAUACAUUUACCAUUGUAACGAUGUUACCAAUAGUUGCUUCAAUGUUGUUAAAUAAAAUUUUAUUUAAAAUUUAAUCAAAA